AUGUGGACAGACACAAGAUUAUUUUCAUCAACUUUCGAUUGCAAUGUCGUACAAGUUUCUAGGGAGAUCCUGAAUGUGAUUUACAAGCAACGAAUCGGGUUUUCUGGAAUGCUUACCAUACCCCGCUCUAUAAGAAGACUUUCAUUACCUCUGGCACUAUGCAUCACAAUGAUUGUAGCUUUCCUUACCAUACUUUCGUCAACGAGUAACAGGUUGGUGAGAAUUUAUGUGGAAAGGAAUGUAGAUGCUCUAGAACCACUUAUAAUUGUAAUUACACCUACUUACAAGCGACCUACUCGAUUAGCGGAUAUGACAAGGUUUUCAAACACUCUUAGAUUAGUCCCUCAUGUUCACUGGAUUGUCAUAGAAGAUGGCAGUGAUACUGUACCUUUUGUGGAACAUAUAUUGCAAAGAUCAUAUCAUAAUUAUACUUAUUUCGCUGCAAAAACUCCGAAGGGCUACCCACGCAGAGGGUGGUAUCAAAGAACCAGCGCUUUGCAGUUAUUGAGAAACGACAGUGCAGCGAUAUUAGGCCCAUAUAAAGAGGGUGUUGUGUAUUUUGGAGACGACGACAACUCUUACGAUACGAGGUUAUUUACCGAAUAUAUCAGACACGUAAGACGACUGGGCAUGUGGGCCGUUGGUCUUGUUGGUGGAAGUGCAGUAGAAUCUCCUGAUGUGGUCAACGGAACAGUAGUUGGUUAUCGAGUCAGAUGGGGAGCAAAGCGGAAAUUUGCAGUUGAUAUGGCAGGAUUCGCCAUAAAUCUCGAUGUCGUACUUAACACGACUGCUGUAUUUGGUAAAACAUGUAGGAAAGGGCUUGGUGCACCCGAGCCUUGCUUGUUGGAAGACAUGGGGUUUACUCAGGAGGAUAUUGAGCCGUUUGGUUUUGAUCAAAGAGAGCCUCGAGAGUUGUAUGUGUGGCAUACUCAAACCAAACAAGGAUCUUAUCUUGCGAACGAGACUAUCCUAAACUCAUUCUAUUUCGAGAGUACAAAGACCUAGCCCAUAGCAACAUCACAGAGAGCAGAGCCAUAGUCUCAAUACGCUGUCCGGUCGAAGUCUGAUCCGAAAUACGCCGGGACAGAAAGUGGAAAAGAUAAAAUGUACUUUUCUCAAAGAUUCAAUGUGGACGUAGCUUGCACAAAGGUAGAUACAAUUUCGCUGUGACGUACUAAUUGUUGCCUUCAUUUAACGGGUUCCAACUAGUUUGUUGCUAGCUUAGGCCAUUAAGGCAUCCUUCUGUCAUAAUCUUUAAAUGCUUUAGUAUAUAGCACAUUUUGUUCUCUCAGCGUUUCAGUUCUCUGUAGCGUUCUUCCAGUUGUCAAAAUGCGUGAACCAAAACAUGUGACAUGCAUGCUG